CCCAUGUCCACACAGCCCCAGCCCCGUCAAAACACACACACGCACAAAUCUGCCUGUCUGCCUGCAUCUGUGACAUCCAUCACUUGUCACACACGCUCUUCUGCUUGGUGAGGUAUUGAAAAAUCUGCGUGUUGACGUCAUCCGACUCCUGCAAAGCUGACAUGUCCGUCAUGGGCACAUCCACGGCCACACCCUCGUCAUAGCUCAGCCCGUCAGCGAACUUGAAAUGCUUGGUCGACAGCAGCAAGAAGCCCCCGUCGCUCAGUGGAAGGGCCUCCUGCAUCGUGGCCUUGCCCUUGGUGGUCUCCCCGACCAGUGCGGCCCUACAGUGGCGCCUGAGGCCGCCCGCGAGCACCUCGCUGGCACUGGCACUCUUGGCAUCCACCAGGAUGACCACCGGCAGUUCCGCGAGGUCGAGCGGCAGGGCCGCGUCGGUGGUCCAGGGGCCGCGUGUGUCGAUCGUCUGAGGGGAGCUGUCUGAUGAUGUCCGCGAGUCGACGAGCAGCAGUGGGCGGCUGGGGCUGAACAGCGAUGCAAUAUUGACUGCACUCUGCAGAUCGCCUGCAUGGCAUGCACCACACCAACCAAAGGAAGGGAACAAACAACCGUGCGACCUCCUGUUAUAUGUGGAUCAUGCUAAAUUCUAUCGCGAUAGCACCUCCUGUGUUGCCCCGUAGGUCGAGAAUGAGUGAGGACGGCGGCACGGCCUCCUCGCUGUACUGCAGCCGCUUCAACGCCCGAGCCACCUCUCUCUCCACCCGCGAAUUGAAGUCGAGGAUCUGGAUGUACCCCACCCACACCACACGCCGGCCGUCCCGGGCGUCCGGCUCCUCCUCGGCCGACAAAGUCUCGACGAAGAAUCGGACCGGCUGCCGCACGCGGGCCUCCUCGGCCGCUGAGAGAGGGGGGCGGCUGGUGCGUUCGAGUGUGAGGUCCUCUUCUAGCGAUGGCGAUGGGCCGUCAGCACUGAUGCGCUUGAUCUUCAUGGUCAGCUGCGGGUCGCCAGACUUGAGGAUGGAUGCAUCAAAGUCCUCAGGGGACAGGCCGCGCAGCGUCAAACCUGAACCGACCAAAGACACAGCCGUCCUCCCCCAUCCCAGGUGGUGUGUGCCAUGCCAUGUGUAGCUACCUGUCACUUACCGUUGAUAGCCACAAUCUCGUCUCCUCCCUGCAGGCCGGCCUUGGCUGCGGACGAGCCGGCGAGAGGAACGCCCUUGACCAGCACCCGGCCGUCCACAUCACUCGUGAACUGUAUGCCGACCCCCAACACAUCGUACGCCCUCAGCACCUCCGCAGCGGCAGGCGGGGCCAGCACCCGGGAGUACCGAUCGUCCAGCUCGUUGACCAUGUCCUGCAGCAGGGUGUAGUAGCGGUAGUCCUCUGCGCCGCUUUGCCGCUUGUCCAUGUCGCGCGCCUUGCUGCGGUACUUCUGCACGAUGCCGUCCCACUCGUCCGCUGCACCGUUCAGCGAAGGGUCCCAGUAGUGCUGCUGCACCAGCUCAGAGACCUCCUCCAGCACUCGAGAGGGGGCGGCCGACGACGCAACUUGAGACAACAUAAACACGCUCGUCUCGCCGUCAGCCGCCGGCGCAUCCUGCUGGCUGAAGGUCUGCUGCUGGGCUGGCACAUCUGCCGAUGCAGCUGCAGGGAGGUGGUUGAUGCUGGGGAUCCACAAAGCCAUCAUCCACACGACGAAUGCGCACACCAUCUCGUUCAGCUUGUGCGUUAGGCCUUGUGCCGAGAUGCCGCGGCCUUCUGCAUUGCUGACCGAGGAGGCGCCCUCGAGAGCUGCCGCAAAGCUGCUGACAGAUCCAUCCCUCUGCGGGGGCGAAAGAUGCAUGCGACCGGUGCGUCGGCUCCUGCGGGCGAAAUGCACUCGUGGAUGCGGCGGAUGAUCUACCCGACGCCAUGAUAUCAACGGCGUCCCCAAGUGAUGCUUUUGCAGCGGAAGUUCCUUGGCGGGCAGCGAAGGGCCUUGAAAGGCGAAGGAGAUGGCCAUCUCUCAAAGGGAUAGCCGGAGAGAAAAAGGGAAGGCGUCUGCGAG